UUUGACACUCUCAUGGGUUAGACUAUCAACAUAUUCAAGCCUCCUGCUUCCCAGCCCCAUGCUCAAAAGAGUAUUCUUCGAAACAGCACCCUCAUGUCCAUCCCCCUCUCCUAUCCCCUAAUCCAUCUCCACAAGCCCUUCACCCAACCAAGAACCCACCUGCUCCCAAAAUCUGGUUUCUCUACCUCCCCCAGUAAGCGCGCCGGCCUCAAAUCCCUCGCCACCGGCCAGCACGAUGCGUCGCCGGAAACGCCGCGAUGGGAAAUGUUUUCCCCCCGCCGCCAGCCUGUAUCCACUUUACGUGACGGCCGGCGGAGCCAUUGCGUGCUUCAGACCUUCGGCUUUCUCUUGGUUCGUGAACGGGGCGCCGCUUUCCUAUAGCUGUUCUCUAGGGUUCAUAAUGCUCGUCAUGGGAGUGACGCUGGAGCUCAACGACUUGCUCGGAGUUCUGAGGCAGAAGCCUUUCUCAGUAUUGUUUGGAUGCCUUGCCCAGUACACAAUUAUGCCAGCAUUUGGAGCCAUUGUUAGCAGAGCACUAUGUCUUCCUGCUUCUCUUUCGGUUGGUCUGAUUUUACUGGCUUGUUGCCCUGGUGGAACUGCUUCUAAUGUGGUAACAUUGAUUGCCAGAGGAGAUGUGCCAUUAUCUAUAGUGAUGACUGUCUGCACAACUUUGGCUGCAGUCCUCCUCACUCCUUUUCUAACCAAAAUUCUGGCAGGCACUUAUGUUCCUGUAGAUGCUGCAAAGCUAUCUCUUAGUACCCUACAGGUGGUGGUAAUUCCAACUUUGAUAGGUUCCUAUAUGCAGAGCAGAUUUCCAUCUUCUGUAAAGCUUAUCACACCCUUUGCUCCACUUCUUGCAGUUUUAGCUUCUUCACUUCUUGCAAGCAGUGUGUUUUCGGAAAACGUCGUUCGGCUUAAAUCGUCGAUCAUUGAUAUUUCUCGGUCGUUUGACCAAGGUUUUCUUUAUGGACUUCAUGGCAUACUCUCUGGAGAGCUCGGCCUCGUUAUACUCUCCAUCUUAUUGCUGCAUUUUGUGGGCUUCUUUGUAGGCUAUUUGGCAGCAGCUGUUGGCGGUUUCAGAGAAAAGCAGCGGCGGGCCAUCUCCAUUGAGGUUGGAAUGCAGAAUUCUUCAUUGGGUGUUGUUCUAGCAACCUCACACUUCUCCUCGCCUAUGGUAGCUUUACCCGCUGCACUUUCAGCUGUGAUCAUGAACAUAAUGGGGAGCACUUUAGGGUUGAUAUGGAGAUAUAUUGAGCCUCAGAAUGGCAAGGAAGCCUCCACACAAACCAAAGCAGAUUGACUGCUUUCUCUGAGGCACUGUUCGGGAUCCCUUUUUGUUUUUUUUUUUUAAUUCAAAAAACAGAAUAUUUGUUUGUAUGUUUUU